ACCCCCUUCCCUCUCUCUCACACAUCCACAGGCUUUAUUAUUACACGCAGUCAAAAUGCAGGCUCAACCGUUAAUGUAAUAAUGUAGUUGUUAUGUAUCUGAUUCUAGCUAAAAUAGAUAGAUAGAUAAUUUGUAGAACUAGCUCAGGGUAAAUAGGGCACACUGUCAUAGCUUCACCAAACAGCUGCAAGCUACAGUAGCUUUAGCGUAGGGUAGGCUACAGUGCAGUGCAGCCGGCUCACUCACGCAGCUAUCUAACGGUACAGCUGUUGACAGACGGCAACGUUACCGGACAAGAGGAGCAAAUGAACGAGCUGGUGAAGAGUUUGCCCUCCCCGACUCUCCCGGGGCUCCAGCUGCCGUGUUUGGACACCGGUAGUUACAAAGGCUGGCUCUUUAAAUGGACCAACUACCUUAAAGGUUACCAGCGGCGGUGGUUCGUCCUCAGUAACGGCCUGCUGUCCUACUACAGGACUCAGGCAGAGAUGGCACACACCUGCCGAGGCACCAUUCCUUUGGCUACAGCAUACAUUGAGGUGGGUGACACCUGCCACUUGGUGUUAACUAGUGGAGGCCGAAGCUACCACCUGAAGGCCACCUCUGAGGGAGAGUGUCAGCGAUGGGUCUCAGCCAUGCAGCAAGCUAAGGCCAAUUCCACUCUUAUGAUGCAUCAUUCAGAUGAUUCAGGAGAUGAAGGCCCUGUGCCUCAGGAGGACCGAGUCCUAACCCAAGGGGUGCUCAAGACUCUGGCCAGCAAGCUAGAUGACCUGAGCACCUGUAAUGAGCUGAUAGGAAAGCACGGCGCCGCCCUCCAGCGCUCCCUCAGCGAACUUGAGGAACUGCGUGGCUCCGCUGACAGCACAGACAGAGUGAAAUCCGUUAAUGAGCGAGCCACCCUUUUCCGCAUCACCUCCAAUGCUAUGAUCAAUGUUUGUCGUGACUUUCUGGACGUAGCAGAAUCCCAAAGCCGGAGGUGGCAAAAGACCCUGCAGCAUGAGAGAGAGCAGCGUCAUCAUCUGGAGGAGACCAUCGAACAGUUAGCCAAACAGCACAACAGCUUAGAGAGAGCCUGGAAGGAGAAUCCCACCUCAUAUACAGGUGUGGAGCGGUCUCAGGAGGGGGACGCGAGUGACGAGAAUGAAGAGGCAGAGUUCUUCGAUGCCAUGGAGGACUCCCAUGCAUUCAUAACUGUGACUACUAGUGGCAACAUACAGCACAAGCGCUCAGGAAGUAAUCAGAGUAUGAUGAGCGGAGGAAUGUCCAAUGACUGGACUCACAAUGAGAAUGACAGCUCAGGCACCAACCACAUGCAGCUACGAAGAACAAGACGCAGUCGCAUUCCUGACAAACCCAAUUAUUCCCUUAACCUGUGGAGCAUCAUGAAGAACUGUAUUGGCAAAGACCUGUCCAAGAUACCCAUGCCUGUAAACUUCAACGAGCCGUUGUCGAUGCUGCAGCGUCUGACGGAGGAUCUGGAGUACAGCGAGCUUCUAGACCGGGCAGCCCGCUGUGACUCCACUCUGGAGCAAAUGUGCCUGGUGGCGGCCUUUUCUGUCUCCUCCUACUCCACCACAGUCCAUCGUACAGCCAAGCCCUUUAACCCUCUGUUGGGGGAGACAUACGAGCUGGACCGACUGGAGGAGUAUGGUUAUCGCUCCAUCUCUGAGCAGGUCAGUCAUCACCCACCAGCUGCUGCCCACCAUGUGACAUCACAGCGAGGAUGGACCCUAUGGCAGCACAUCACUAUUGAUAGCAAGUUUCGUGGGAAAUAUAUUUCUGUCAUGCCGUUAGGAAACAUUCACUUGCAGUUCCACUCAAGCGGAAACCACUACGUGUGGAGCAAAGUGACUUCAACGGUGCACAACAUUAUUGUGGGGAAACUUUGGAUUGAUCAGUCUGGGGACAUUGACAUUGUAAACAUCAAUACCAAGGACACCUGCCGUCUCAAAUUCUCCCCCUACAGCUACUUCUCCAGAGAAGUCCCACGUAAAGUGACAGGAGUGAUAGAGGACAGAGAGGGCACAGCCCGUUACAUCCUGUCAGGAACCUGGGACGACAAGAUGGAGAGUGCCAAAAUAGUGGACAGCAGCCAAGGAUGCGGAGGGUCUGAAGGCAAACAAAAGACAGUUUAUCAGACCCUUCAGCCCAAACUAUUGUGGAAAAAAUAUCCUCUCCCAGAUAAUGCAGAGAACAUGCACUUUUUCUCCUCCUUGGCUCUGACUCUCAAUGAGCCAGAAGAGGGUAUUGCGCCCACUGACAGUCGUCUACGGCCAGACCAGCGACUAAUGGAGGCAGGUGUGUGGGAUGAAGCAAACACCCAAAAGCAGCGUUUGGAGGAGUGUCAGAGGCUGGAGAGGAAAAGAAGGGAGGCACAAGCCAACCAGGCCCUGGAGGAAGGGCAAGACAUCGAAGGUUACCAGCCACUGUGGUUUGAGAAGAGGACAGAUGAUACAACGGGAGAAAGCACCUACAUCUACAGGGGCGGCUACUGGGAGGCCAAAGACAGACAGGACUGGAGUCAAUGCCCUGAGAUCUUCUAGGACAAAAGUUGCCCUUACACCGUGGCAUCAGACAGGCUGAGUGGUUCCUCCUGAUGUAAGGAUACUGCGUAAGUUAUGGACAGUUGUGUGUGUGUGUAAGAGAGUGAGUGAACCAGCUGUUGAAAGUGGCCGUCACUCCCAGAUUUUCAAGCACAAAACAAGCUCCUGCUUCCACUUACUAAUCUACUCUCUUCUGCUCUAUAACUUGUGUUUUCAGAAUGCAUGGCCUCAUUUUGUGUAUUGUGUGUACACCUAUUCAGCACCAUAAAGAACUGAUUUAUGAGAGUAUAUAUAGUUCUAAUGUGUGUGUGUGUGUGUGUGUGUGUGUGGGGCUGAAAGAUAAACAUAUACUUUACAGAGAAAGUAUUUCUGCACCAACGUACGUACGACGUACACGUUUCAAUGGGUGUGUAGUAUGAGGGAUAACUUGGGGGCAAGGAGGAGUGCCCCGGAAGUUCUGGUAUGAGCAAUGUCUUGUUCUCUUCGGAGCUGGAACAACAUGUUCCUCAUGCUGGGCUCUGACAGAGACACCAGGCUUUUAAAGGACUGUAGCAGGACUACGCAUUAUUCUGUGCUUAAAGGCUUUUUCACAGUAAAACAUUAUUUAUUGAACCCCAUUGAUUCUUGGGAAUUUUUACUAUUGCCAAACUGUAUUUGAAGAAUUUACAGUUAUUGUCCAGUCUGACUGGCCUCUAACGAGCAGCUACCGGGCCCUGAAAACCAAGGUAGAUGUCAUUCUCUUUGAAAGGACAACUGACUGAAUUCGUCGUGCUGUUUUAUAGACAACCACUGCUUUCCACAUGAUCUUGAAAUUAUGUUUCUGUUUACAUUAAAGGGUCACUCCACCAUUUCCUCAUAUGAAGAUUACUACACAGUGUUUUCACAGGCUCUGGAAGAGCUUUUUCAAGUCAGAGAAACUGACUUGAGUAAUCUCGGCUUGGACUUGUACAAAUUUGUAACAAGCAGUUUGAAAACUCUACCAAGCUGCAAGGUUAUAAGAUACCAUUGAGUUGCAUUAUGGGAAAUGUAGGACUCAAAGUCAGAAUAUCUCGACCUCUCUAUAUAGAUACAUACAUAUAUUUUGACCACUCCCUUUGAAAUUUGUCUCUCACAAAUCCCCAAACUUAUUGGAAGUGCAACAGUAAAUUACUGGAGUAUCAAUUUGAAUAUCUUAAGACUGAAGUACAAAUCUGCUGGGGGAUUUUCUUCCGCAUGGAAUUAUAUUGGUGCUUAAUGGUUAUUUUAGCCUUAGUUAUGUAAUGAAGUAGUAAGCCAGUAGUAACCAAUGCAUCCAAACUCUGUGAGACUCUCUGAGAUUCUGUACAGAUUAUAGAAGACCGGCAGGCUAUUUUUUCUUUUGAAGGUAUUUACAUGUGUACUUCAGGGUGAAUCUUUUUUGGUGAAUUUUACUCAAAUAUCAGGAGUUAUCAUCUUGGUAAGUAGCAACAAACUUGUUUCCCCUUGUAAAAAUAUUAGAAAUGGCUAGCUCUAUGAGUGGUUUCUAUCCUAAAAUUGCUUUAUUUGGACAUGUCAGCAAUAACACAACUAGUCACUUAAGAAGAAAAUACACCAGGUCAGAGACGUGUUUAAAAAGCACGAAAAGGAUGUUUUGGUAACAGUAUUGCAUUAGCUAAAUUAUAGUUAUGUAAAUAAAUCAGAUUCAUACAGUUUAUUAUUUAUUAGUCAAGGACCAGAUAACAAUUAAAGAAGGCUUAGCAAUCCAUAUGCUGAGUUUUUUAUGUGUCCAAUAUUAUCCUAUUUAUUUAUGGUUUUCAGCCUUUUAGUGUUUUAUAAAGGGGCAUGAUGCACAUGUAUAAUUGCCUGAUUGCUUUUGGCUUGUAUAUAGCAAGACUAGAAUAUAAAUAGAAUUGCCUCAUUUAUAAUCACUUUAAGAAAAUAUUAUUUCACAUUACUUGAACAUUCACAUUUUGGGCACUUAAACUCUAUCUGUAUACGUAAUCUUAAAUGGAGUCAAGAUUGUAUACCAGUGAAUAAGAUGUUGGGGAAAUUAAAUUAUGAAUACAAGUUCAUAGGAUAUAUAUUGAUGAUGCAAAUAAGGUGUUGUUCAAAUAAAGCACAAUGUUAUGUUUUCCUGCAGGUAAUACAUGCUACAUAAUCUCAAAGGUUUCCAUGGCAACAUAUAGCUAUGCAUGGUUUAAUAGUGCUCAAGCACUUCUGUAGAGGAAAGCCUCUUCACCUAGCUAAUAGUUUGUGGACUCUUACUGAAACAUGAUGUGAACUCACCUUUUGUGCCCAAUGACCUCGAAAAUGAUGUAUUUUUGAGCAAUCAAAUAAAAACAUAAAGCUGUCA